UCUAUUAAUUUAUCUACCCUCAGUUUUUAAACCGUUUCCAGCAGCUGUUUUGUUUCCCCUCGUUUCGCGAUGGAUUUUAAGGGGCCAGCGGGAGAACUUUGCCCGCCCGCAUUAUUAGAAGACGUGCACGAAAAUUUGCCAGUACCUGCCGGCGCAGAGCAUUUAACUUGCGUCAAAGGAGGGUACGCGUAUUACCACUACGGCUGUGACGGCGUCAACGAUAGGGGAUGGGGCUGUGGCUACAGGACCCUCCAGACCCUGUGCUCCUGGGUUUGCAAACGGAGAAAGACUGCCUCGGUAUGUCCAGUCCCGAGCAUAGCGCAAAUUCAGGAAGCCCUCGUGAAGAUCAGAGACAAGCCCGGCAGUUUCUUGGGUUCCCGGGAAUGGAUCGGAAGCGUGGAGGCGUCCAUGUGUCUGGAUCACUUCUAUGAGAUACCGUGCAAGAUCCUGCACAUUAGCAGUGGAACUGAUCUGGCUGGAGAGUUAAAUACCUUGCAGCGGCACUUCGAGACAGUCGGAUCUCCUGUCAUGAUGGGAGGGGACACGGACGCCUCUUCCAAGGGCAUCCUCGGCGUCUGCCGUGCCGGGUCAACGGGGUUCCUGCUUGUGCUUGAUCCCCAUUGGUUCAGCGACGACACUCGGAACUUCGGAAAGGACCAGAUAGCCAGGCGAAGACUGGACGUUCAAGAAAACGGCUGGAUUUCUUGGAGGUCCCUGGACAGCUUCAUGCAGGGCUCUUUCUACAACCUCUGCUUGCCCCAAGAGACUAGCGCAUAGUCUCGCGGCUUGACCCAAUGCUCCUUUGCACAAAUAAAAGAGGCAUUUGUUUGUU